GGCCGCACUUAGUAGAAAUUAUUUACCGCAGAUGGUUGUUAUUAAGCUCGCGAGUCGGGAAAUUUAAUGUGAAACGUUUGUGCCGUGACAAAGUGCAUAAUUUCCGAUUCCAGCAACGUGGUUGCGCCUCGCGAAACUACGCAGCAAUUGUGUUAUUUUUGUGGGGCUAUUUGUGAACGAAUUAAAAUUGCCUCCUAUCUCGUUGGCAUUAAAGAGAUACAAACCUAAGUUGGAUACAGCGCUCAUUCAUUAAGUAUGUUACAAGCUGACAAUUCCAAGUGAUCAGAAGAAGUGUUAUCCUCGUGAUGCCCUUCGAGAAGUGAACAGAUUUUAUCCUCCAAAUGAAAGUGCAUUUUCUCAAAGUGAAGUGAACCAUGUGGAUUUGUUUGUAGGCAUCACAUUUUCGGUGCUAAUUGAUUCGAAGAACUUCGUUCGCGUGCACAGAAUUCUAAAGACAUUUUACGGAGCUCGCAUCCCAGCGUCACCGACGAUAAAAUGACAAAAAAGUACAGCGUGGUCUUCAUUCGCCAUGGCGAGAGCGAGUGGAACAAGAUGAACCUCUUUUGCGGCUGGCACGACGUCGGGCUCAGCGAAGAAGGAGAGUGGGACGCCCUGGAGAUUUCAGCCGCCUCACUGAAACGUGAAAACUUCACCUUCGAUGUUGCGUUCACAUCCUGUCUGCGUCGAGCCAAUCAGACCCUGGAGGUAGUUCUCAGAGAACUCAAUCUCACACACAUCCCCGUUCAUCAGCUGUGGCGUUUGAACGAGCGUCAUUACGGUGCCCUGACCGGCUUCAACAAACGGCAGAUGGCCGAUAUCUACGGUGAGCCGCAGGUUCAGGUGUGGCGCCGAAGCUUCAACGUUCCACCACCACCGAUCGAACCGGACAAUCCCUACUACGGCGCCAUUCGGAACAAUCCCAGAUUCCGGCACAUCGCCGACACGGACUUUCCUCUGACGGAAACGCUGGAAACGACCAUGCAACGGGUGAUUCCGGAGUGGACUGAUACCAUCAUUCCAGAGGUGCGCGCUGGCAAGAAGGUCCUGGUGGUUGCCCACGGAACCAGUCUUCGUGGUUUGGUCAAACACAUCCAAGAUAUUUCAGAUGCCGACAUCAUGAAGUUCAACCUACCGAACAGUAUUCCGUUCAUCUUCGACUUCGACGAGAACAUGAAGAUGGUCGGUGGGAUUCGGUUUCUGGCUAAUCAGGAAGACGUCCUCAAGGCUAUGGAAAAGGUCGCAUCGAUUGGCAAAUAGGGCGGAAAAGCGGUCAGCUAAAUGAGGCGAGAAUAAACAGGGCCGAGUACGGAGGAGAGACAGAGACUAUGAGUAUUGCCGGAACUAUUAUGCGUUGAAGAAACUCGACCUACCUCAAAUGAAAAUUUACAAAAUGGACAACAGUUUGAAUAGUGGUUUGAUGCUGUACUGCGUACUGUAAAACUAUUAUCACUCGUUUAUCUCAGCCCGAAACCGAAUUUUUCGUUGUAAUCGUUAUAUGUUCCGUUAAGUUUAAUCAAAUGUGGAUUAACAUUUUAUUUAUACACAGAUAUUUAUAAAGAUAUUUAUAAGACAUACAUCGAUUCGUGAUACUUUUUGAUUAAUAAAGUUUAGUUUUAAAUUGA